CACAGAUGCGCAUAUAGCCUUUUGUUCUUUCUUCGAUGCGCUCAAGCGACGAAGCAAGCAAACACAAUGUGGUUUCUCGAGUGUGAGGGCGACUUGUUCGAGAACAAGCGGAUAUGGCUUCGACCUGGCACAAAGCUUGUCGUUGGCCGUACUUCGAAACCCGAGCCCGGACAGCGCAUGCGAUAUAUCGAGAAUUCAUCAGUAUCACGAAAGCACCUGACAGUCGACAUCGCCCAAGUAGAGGCUGGCGAGAGCAAACACCUUCAUGCAAAGACGAAAAUUGUCGUGACCGACAACUCCAAAGUCGGAACAUGGGUCCACGGAGAAAAGCUCAAGAAAGGCGAAAGCCAGCCAUUGGACCGGAACGACAACAAGAUCAGGCUCGGAAACUACGAGCAAAUGUUCCAUAUCAAAUGGCAGCCCAUCGUCUUCUCGUUUCCCUCGCUGCCUCGCGCAUCCCGCCAGCUUGAAGAUCCACUCACCGAACAACGUCAAUUUCUCGAACCUCUAGGCAUCAAGUGUGUCGUCGAUUACAUUGCCCAAUUCACCUCGCAUCUGGUCGCGAAGAAGCGCAACACCCCGACCACAUUGCAAGCUCUUGUCAACGCUCGCUACAUCGUCACAGAUGAAUAUCUCAAAGAGGUUCAGUCCAUGUCUCUUGAAGCUCUGGAGCAAGACUUUGCAGCAAACUGGCCCAGCGAAGAACCUUACUCUCCUCCGCCGGCGAAUGAGCCAAACCCUCGUCCCAACAAGUCGCCCGAUUUCCUCCCAAACUCAAAACGCUCGGAAAUGUUUUCGCAAUACACCUUCAUAUUCAGCGACCCUGGACAGCACGCAAACCUCAUGCCAACUAUCACUGGCGGUGGUGGAAAGGCUUUGUGUCAUGAAGUGGAUAGCCAAAACCCAGACGCUGAGGAUCUGAUGAGCUACGUCCGCGAAGUCGCCGGUAAGAAAUCAGAUAGAGGAUUCAAGCUUAGUCAACAACCAAAGUCAAAGGGUGGCAUUAUCUUGGUUCGUAUAGGUGGCUUCAAAGAUUACAUGCCAAACUUCUACGAUCGAGUCGACUCCGCUCUUGAUCAGAGCAGUAUCGAGCAGAACGAAUUGUUGGAAGCCAUCCUUGAUGCUGACGCCGACAAGUUGAAGAGACCCGCAGAAGUCAGCCACAUUGCAGAGGAUACCAACAUGGAAAAUCGAGCUCAAUCGUCAGCUGUUCGUCAAGGCUCACAGUCUCCUUCUGUGCGCCGACAAUCAAGAAGAAUUGCAACAGAGGCUCCGUCCGCGACGCCUGAAAGUGCGACACCUGAGGUCUCUCAACAGGAGCCGACUACAACAAAGCGCCGUGGACGCAAACCAUUGACGCAAACAAAAUUCAAAGGCUUCGACGAGAUUGAUAUCAACGCUCUACCGAAAUACCGAUCGCCAUCGCCAUCACAACCUCCAUCAUACGAUGCAAGUCAGAUUCCUUCGCCAGACGCCAUGGACGAUGAUAGUCACCCUGCAAGCUCCCAUCCAGUACCGAGUCAACACACUCAGCGCUCAACAAGAAAGAGACCACCACCAGAAGAUGAAGAAACACAUCAAGACAUGAUGACCGAUAUGCUGCAGGGAGCUGCCAAGAUGAAGAGACGUCGCAUUGAGCAAGGACUCGAGACAUCAACAACUCCAGCUGAAACGCCUGUAGAAGCACCUACACCAGCACCCGCCAUCGUGAAAGCCAAGAAGCGCAAAGACAAGGAGGUCGAUGUACGAGCCAUACUUGCAGAACGCCAACAGGCAGAGGAAGAAAGACGUCUAGAAGACGAAGAGAAGCUUCGCAACCAGCUCGCAGGCAUGGAAGUCGCUGACAUGAAGAAUCUGGCUCAAAUCGAGGAGAUGGAAAUUCGUCGCGAACCUCCUCCACGUUCAAGACAUGAUGCUGAAGCUGGUCACGACGAUCGCUGGGACGAUCGCUGGAAUGGUCGCAAGAACUUCAAAAAGUUCCGCAGACAAGGCAAUGCAGCAAACACACAGACCCGAGCUCGUGUAUUUGUUUCGUUGGAAGAAGUCGCACCGAAAGCAUACGGUGCACAGGACGAUUACUUCCUGGAAUCGUCUUCCAUCCGCUCGAAAAAGACCCAGAAGAAGGCAAAGCGCUCGCAGCAGACUCAAGAUAGUGUCGAUGUCCAAGUCACCGCUACACCUGCAUCCACCUCCGGCAAAGGCACACAAUCACAACGUCCAAAGAACAACACCAACAGCAUCUCACUUGUUUCAGACAGCGACAAUGACAAGUCGUCUGAAGAUGAAGACAAUGCAUCACGCUUCCGUCGUCGUAUCGCAACCUCCCGCCGUCAAGACGCCGAAGCCUCUCGUUCGGAAGCCAUCAUGCCAGAAGAAAUCGCAGGCACGGCUAGAGAUCAAGACAUCGCAGACGCAGCAAGACAGGCCAAGAGCAGUGCUUCAGUACGAACGCAACCGGGCAAGAGAACCGCCAAAGGUGUGGUGGAUGAAGUGUCACAGCCUAGAAAGAGAGUUCAGCGUAGACCCAGUCCUGACGAAGUUUCCGAAGAUGAAGAUGACGAAGAAGAAGCAAGCACGAGGUUCAGACGCAGGAAGAGGUGAGAUGGAAAGCAUUCGGCACUUCGACGAGUCAAUGAGUAUAUAAACAUACAUGGCCCAAAAGCACGUAUAGCAGCUACAUAGCAUAGCCUCUUGCUCUUUACCAAAUAUAAUCCUUGCAACCACC